UGCAAUUCGAGCGUCCAUGGCGGGGCCGGGCUCCGAGCCUGGCGAGCUCAGCGACUCCGAGCUGCUGCUGCUGCUGGAGCCGGGGGACCAGGCGCUGCAGCCGGGAGACUCUGGGAAGCCAAACUCCUCAAGCGACCUGCCUCUGGAAUCCUUAAAGAAGGUGUUGACGGAAGACAGUGCAGCUGGGAAGGUGAAAAGAAAGAGAGCACAGACUCCCCUGGAGAAAUAUUACCUGAAGUACCUAUGUGUGACUGAUCUGUCCACUCAGAGUUGGUGCGAACAACAAAUGGUUUAUGGGAGGGAGCUCCCCCAGCUGCAGGCGCCAGAGACAGUAGUGUUGUUAAACACAGGGAAGAGCAUACAUCUAGCCAGAGAACUAGAAGUCCAUGAUGUAGUGAGAGUACAUGUGACCAGCAGGGAAGAUUCUUGGGCAAUAAAAAUACUGAAUCUUCUUUCUGUGAUUCCAGAACUACAAGCAGGUGGUUGUGUGCGGGAGCUUCCAGUGUUUGGAGUAAUAGAAGAUGUCUUCCUGAUGGGAGUCAUUGAUGAGCUAUGCUAUAGUGCCAUGGGAGAGCUGGAGCUGAGAGAGCUAAAAACUCGAGGCCGACCUUUUAUGCCUUCUGGAGCACAGAAAAAGAGAGAUUAUUUCCAGGUCUGUUUGUAUAAAUACAUUUUUGAUGCCAUGGUGCAAGGAAAACUGAAACCAGAUGUUAUCACCAGUCACAUCCAGCUGAGGCCAGAGCAGCCACUGGGAUCGCAAAUUAGGGAACAUGCUCAGAAAGUAGGAUUCACGGUAACCUGCUUUGGGGACCUCCUGGAACUGAUGUAUCUAAACCUGACGCUUUCUGACAUCCCUGGUAUUGACUGUUUGAAAAUCGAAUACAGCCACCAGGAAAGUAACACCCUGCUCGGAACGGAGGUGGUUCGGUUUGAAGAAGAAAAGGUGCGAGAGAAAGCACAGCACUACCUUGCUUACUGGAAAGGACAAAGAGAGGUCCAGGGGGUGGAAAUUGAGGAAGCGUGGAAGUGCCAAUCAUGUAGCUACUCGGAGAUCUGUGAUUGGAGAAAGAAGAGGGCAGAAGGCCCUGAACAGAGAAGUGGACCAAAGAAGAGUAAAUGAAGGCAAUCCGGUCCUCCCGGAAGGAGGUUCCUCCUUAUUGAUGUGAAAAUAUGCGUGCACUCAGUUCAUGGGGUUAACCGGACCAUAGAAUGGAGCAAACCACAAAAGAGGCCAAGCCCAUCACUUUACUAAGCAGAAGUCUUUGCACCAUUGGUGAAUCUGGCAGCGUGUUUGUAAUGUGACAUUUUAAGUGCUCUUAAGAAAAUACUGUUUUGGAUAGUACAUAUUGUUACACAGGUGUAGUCCAAGCACGAGGCAAGCUGUGCGAGUUGCUACACUUCUCUGAGCCUCCAUUUCCUCAUCUAUAAAAUGGGGGUAAAUGCCUACUGCAUAUGGGUUCUCUGAGGGUUAUGUAAUUUUAUCUUGGUGAAGUGGUUUGAACAAUAGUUUCUUUUAUUUCCUACUGCUAUAAACUCUUACGUACAGAAGGUUCCAAACCAUAAUCCCAUAUUCUACCACACCCAAACUUGGUGCUUCAUCUUUAGUUCCUUUGGAGUAACUUUACCCCUCAUCUGUCUUCUCCAUCUGCUCUCCCAAAGAUCCUAUAUCAGCCAGUCUCUUUAUAAGAUUGAAGAUGAACUCAGCUCUCUCCCAAAACCCUUCAGUGCUACACCAGGGCAUAGUGACAUGAAGGCUGGAAUUUUUCAAAGGUUGCCUGAUUUUGGCACCUAACUCCCUUAGGUUCCUUUGCAAAUCUCAGCUGAAGGCCCAGCCCUGCACGGUGCCCGUCUGAUGCCAAGUACCCCCACUCCCAUUGGUAUCAGUGGGAAUUGUGGUCAUUCAUUGCCUUGCUGGGUCAGCCUGUUAAAAGCGGAUCUAAUUCCGUUCCUUAUGUAAGCCUUUAACCUUUCUAUGUGUUGUCAAAAUUACAUGUUCUAGUAAGUAAGUAAUUUAGAAUCAGUUGACAAAUAUUUAACAUAUUACUUGAUUAUCUGUAUGAAGGAAAAUGUAUUGUUUUUAAAAUGUUUAAUGUAUAACAACAAAGUUCUUAAUUGUGGGGGAAGAGGGGUUGUUUGGUAUGUUUGGGGGUUUUUUUACUAUUGAAAUCAAAUAAAUAGAAACUUUCACUA